GGAGGCGGAGGGAGGGAACCGGGAAGAGCAGGGAUUGCAGAGGCACCGAUUGCAGCCGGACUCCGCCGCGCUCCGCGGGAUCCGACCCUGUGCCGCUCCGCCCGGGCCACAGCCGCACCGCAGCCGGCUCGUACGACCCAGCCCAGCCGGCCGCCGAGCGCCCGGACCCGGAGAAGCCAGGCUCUGGGCCGGGAAGACGUUUCUUACCGCAGGUCACUCAGGCUAAGAAAUUGUGACAAACUGGAAUUCCCAGAACCCGGGAAGAGUUAAAGCCUAGAGCGAUCUGAUCUGUUGCUUUAAGCCGCACGGUGGGAAGUAGUUUGGAGACUCUUUAAUUUAGUUUUCUAUUUAAAAGUGUGCGGCCAGCGAAGAUGUUGUAGGUGACUUCCUAGCCUUGUAGAUUGCUACCGGGCUGUGAAUGGUAUUAAUUUCUGAAGUGAGCGACGCCAAGUACUUACGGAAGCUCAGGUAACACACAAGUUAGAAGAACAGCUUGUUUCCUGCUACGCAGCCACCCUCAGCAGUUCCCAGCUCACUGAAGUUCGGGUUUGCCUCAGAGGACACGUCAAGAACUGAUCAGAGAAAUCCCAAGCGAGCUGCCUGAACCUUCGAGAAUUCUCUUGUUCUACCUUCCAUAUAAAGAACCAGGACCAAUCGCAUUGGUGACCUUUGGUUUCCACCAGCUGUGGAUGCCUUUGACAUUAUGACUGCUGAAGAUUCCGCCACAGCCAUGAACAGCGAUCCAACAGUGGGGUCCUCCACCAAGGUACCGGAGGGUGUGGCGGGCGCGCCCAAUGAGGCUGCACUGUUGGCACUGAUAGAGCGCACCGGCUACACCAUGGUACAAGAGAACGGGCAGCGCAAGUACGGUGGACCCCCGCCCGGCUGGGAGGGCCCGCAUCCCCAGCGUGGCUGUGAGGUCUUCGUGGGCAAGAUCCCACGUGACGUGUAUGAAGAUGAGCUGGUGCCUGUGUUUGAGACCGUAGGUCGCAUCUAUGAGCUGCGACUCAUGAUGGAUUUCGAUGGCAAGAACCGCGGCUAUGCCUUCGUGAUGUACUGCCACAAGCAUGAGGCCAAGCGAGCCGUUCGGGAACUCAACAACUACGAGAUCCGCCCCGGCCGUCUGCUGGGUGUGUGCUGUAGUGUGGACAACUGCCGCCUCUUCAUUGGUGGCAUCCCCAAGAUGAAGAAGCGCGGGGAGAUCCUGGAGGAGAUCGCCAAGGUCACCGAGGGCGUACUCAACGUGAUUGUGUAUGCCAGUGCGGCAGACAAGAUGAAAAACCGAGGCUUCGCCUUUGUGGAGUAUGAGAGCCAUCGUGCUGCAGCCAUGGCACGCCGCAAGCUCAUGCCGGGUCGGAUCCAACUGUGGGGCCACCAGAUUGCUGUGGACUGGGCCGAGCCAGAGAUUGACGUGGACGAAGAUGUGAUGCAGACAGUGAAGAUCCUCUACGUGCGCAACCUCAUGAUCGAGACCACCGAGGAGACCAUCAAGAAGAGCUUUGGCCAGUUCAACCCAGGCUGCGUGGAAAGGGUCAAGAAGAUCCGUGACUACGCCUUCGUGCACUUCACUAGCCGUGAGGAUGCUGUGCAUGCUAUGAACAACCUCAACGGCACAGAGCUGGAGGGAUCCUGCUUAGAAGUCACGCUGGCCAAGCCCGUGGACAAGGAACAGUACUCCCGCUACCAGAAGGCAGCCAAGGGUGGUGGUGGCUCGGCUGAGGCCGUAGCGCAGCAACCCAGCUACGUGUACUCCUGUGACCCCUACACGUUGGCCUACUACGGCUACCCCUACAACGCUCUCAUCGGGCCCAACCGGGACUACUUCGUGAAAACAGGCAGCAUAAGAGGCCGAGGGAGAGGCGCAGCUGGAAACAGGACCCCAGGGCCCAGGGGUUCCUACCUCGGAGGAUAUUCCGCUGGCCGUGGUAUAUAUAGCCGAUAUCACGAAGGCAAAGGCAAACAGCAGGAGAAAGGAUAUGAACUUGUGCCGAAUUUGGAGAUCUCUCCUGUCAAUCCAGUUGCCAUUAAACCUGGCACAGUGGCCAUCCCUGCCAUCGGUGCUCAGUACUCCAUGUUCCAGGCAGCCCCAGCCCCGAAAAUAAUCGAAGAUGGCAAGAUCCACACAAUGGAACACAUGAUCAGCCCCAUUGCGGUGCAGCCUGACCCCGCCACUGCUGCUGCCGCUGCAGCCGCUGCAGCCGCUGCUGCCGUCAUUCCUGCGGUAUCCACACCGCCACCUUUCCAGGGCCGUCCAAUAACUCCUGUGUACACCGUGGCACCAAAUGUUCAGAGAAUCCCCACCGCCGGCAUCUACGGGGCCAGCUACGUCCCCUUUGCUGCUCCCGCCACUGCCACAAUCGCCACACUACAGAAGAACGCCGCGGCUGCCGUGUAUGGGGGCUACGCCGGCUACAUACCUCAGGCCUUCCCCGCUGCUCUCCAGGUGCCCAUCCACGACGUCUACCAGACUUACUGAGAACGGGGGACCGGAGCCAAGGCAAGCCACCAAACCCCGCUGAAGGAACACUUUAUUAUUUAUGAAGAAAGAACGUGUCGGGUUGGUACACGUGCAAAACCUGCAGGUGAAGAAGAAUGUUAUCAAAUAGCACACUGAAAUAUUUUAUUAUAUCCAUGAAGUUUUCACUCGCUUUUUUUUUUUUUUUUUUUUUUUUUGAAAAUGACUUUUCAACUUAGCAGGCCCGCGUUCAUACAUUUCUAAAAGACUUGCGACGCCUCACGCCUUAAUGCCAUCUCUUAAAGUUUGUAUGCUCUUCUGCUUUUGUACAGAGGUUUGGUUUUUUGUUUUUUAAGGAUAUAUUUUCAGUAUGAAGGUUAUUUUCUUAACUUCUGCACUCCAGAGUUUUCUAUUUUGUAGAACCUUUCAAAGUAUAUCAGCUAUAUGUAUGUAUAUCAAAAAAAAAAAAAAAAAAAAGCACACCCGCGCAUCUAGGGAACUAUUUUGAAAACUAUAUUCAAUAUUUAAAGACACAAACUGUAGUGCUCUGAAAUACUACAUAAAACAUUAUUUUAUUUUUUAAAGUGAUGCUGGAAAGUGCAAUUUUAAAAUGAGGAAAAAAAAAGUCUCUACUGUAUUUCCACUGGCAUUAAGGGUUGACGAUAAUGCCAUUUAUUCUUGUCAUGUUUUCUGGGUUUAUGGGGUUUUGGUUUGGUUUGGGGUUUUUGUUGUUGUUGUUGUUUUGUUUUGUUUUUAAUAACACUCUGUUCUUAAGCCAACAUGGAAAAGACUCCUCACAUCCAGAGUCCCAACACUGGAAAGCUCUGACCUGCCCUCACUACCUUGGGCUCUCUCUCCUGAGUCCUUAGUAACUGUGCCCCGCCCCCGCCCCGCCGUGCCCCGCCCCGCCCUUCUCCUUCCCUAGCUCCAGUGCAACUUUGGCAUAUCUAAGAAAAAUGGAUAAUUCCAAUAGAGAAGACAACUGAUGCCUUUUAUACUUCUUCCUGGGAUUGUGUUGGGGUCUUUUUAAUUAUUUUUGGUUUGUUUAGGGCGUCUUUUUAAUUAUCUUUGUUAAUUAUAUUUGGUUUGUUCUAUGUGUAUCUUCAGUAGCAGAAUACACAUUAAGGACAAGAUUUUACCAUCUUUGCCUAAGGCAUCUCUGCAUAGCUAUUUAAUUGUUCAGUAUGAAACCUGACCUUUCUAAUUCUUUGACUUUUUUUUUUUGAAGUCUGGGUUUUUAGAGACCAAGAAUGUAUGUGAUUAUAGACAAGACUUGUCAGUGGGAAGUUAAGCUUCUCGCUGCCUUUCUUUCUCCUGUGUUUCCUACAGAAUGCCUGGUGCCAUCAGGGAUGUCGGAAGCCCUGUGUUUGUUUAGCAGGGCUUCCCGCCGUUGCUCUGCAUUUGGUAGGUGAACACGGGCAGGUGAACACGGGCAUACACAUCCAGGAGAAGUCUCUGUAGGAGUUUAAGGGUAGAUUGUAAAUAACUUCUGACGCUUGCUCGCCAAAGUUGCCAAGUUCAUGGCCUGUAGUGUAAUGCGAAAUGCAGCCAUUUUAUUUCAAUGUUAUUCAAAGUGUUUGCCUUUUUUUUUUUUUUUUCUUUUUUGGAAGUAAAUGCACAGAUGCUGGGUUUUGUGCCUGUUUUAAGGCUUUUCUUUGGCAGAGUGAAUGUAAAAUACAGUAGAAAAGAUAAUAUCGUCAUCUCUUUUAUGAAUUAUAUCAACUUACAUCUUUUUAAGAAGGCUCAGUCCAGGAUGUGAGGUGUGCAAUAAGGGUAGCAGAUGCACAGUUGUGUUUCAUGGCAUGACAGAGUCCAUCCAAUCUCCCUUCCCAUCAGAGUUUUGCUAAUAGGCUUAACUCUUAUUUGUGGACUAAUAGUAGGAUCUUGCCCUCAGCAAACGCUUUCUGCUUUUAAAUUAAGAGAGUCCCAAUUGUCUUUUUUUUUUCUGCCUCCCCCCCACUUUAUCUUGACGGGAUGGAUUUUAUAUAUAUAAGAAAUAUUUAUUUAACUAUUCUAUAGAAUUAUCGAGUGCCUGCUAAGACCUUUAAGCAUCCCUCCUUCCUUAUUGCGUGGUAUAGAGCAGCUGGGAGAGUGAGAGGCGUCACUCGGGAAGCUGCAGCCACACGGGCCUGUUGGAAUGAGUGACCUCCUUAAAGGUAUCAGGUCCUCAUCCCUUGACUGGUGAGGAAAAAGUGCCUUCCUGCCGGCCACGGACUGACAUGGAGGUCUUCGGAUGAGCCCGGAUGCCCAUGUUCUUACUGUAUUUUACAAGUGCCUGGGGAAAUAUUUUCAAAAAUAAUAUUAAUAAUUUAAAAAAAAGGAAAAACUAUGCACUAACUUAACGUGGCGACUACCUUAACGGCAGGCGUUGGUGGCAGCCAGUUAAGCACCAGUGUCUCUGCAGUCUGUGGCCUUAGCUGUCCCUCUUGUUUCUCAACCAUUUCACGUACACUACUGAGGUAAGUUUAUAACUUGAAAUGUGAACUUUUUUUUUUUUUUAGGAUUAAGAACAAACUAAUAUAAAUGUUUUUAAAAGUUUUAGUGUUUGGGUUUUAGUCAUGCUACUAGUUUAGUUUUUAGCUUCGUAUUUGAAAAGCUUUUUAGAUCUCGCUGCAUUUACAUACAGUACAUUCUUAAGAUGUAUGUGGUAAAUAAAGCUUUCUUUAAAGCAGUUUCAA